GGCCUUUUCAUGUCGACGGCGUGACAUUUUUAUUUUUAUGAGUUCUCAACAAAUUUGAACUGAAGUGUACAUGACAGGGAAAUGUCGCUGGUGCGAACUGUGUCGUUGUGCCCCCGGCUGGUGAGGAUGGUGAAGGUGCAGACAAUGCGGUGCUGUCUGCAGAUGUACAGACAGUUGCCCCCCAUGCUGCACCCAGACCUGUCGAGUCCCCAGGGGUCCUGGCUACAGACCCGCUCCUAUGCCAAGAAAGGGAAGAAGGACAAAGGGGGAGGUAAAGGGAAGGGCGGCAGUGGGAGGAAGAUUUCAUUGACUGCAGAGGACAUGGACGGCAUUCUGGACAUCACAGCAGUUGAUGCAGAGAUGCAACAUGCUCUUGACGACCUCAAGCAACAGUACAUCCAUCAGCUGUCCCUCCGUACAUCAGCAGGUGUGUUUGACAACUUGAUGGUGUCGACAACUGAUGGGCGUUUCCCCCUCAUACAGCUGGGUCAGAUUGUACAGAAGUCUCCCCAGUUGCUCAUCAUCAACCUCGCUGCCUCCUCUCAGCACCUGCCGGCAGCGAAGAAAGCCAUUGAGCAGUCUGGGAUGAAUGUCAACCCCACACAAGAUGGAACCACCCUCAUUGUCCCCCUACCAAAGGUGACAACUGAACAUCGUGAAAGUUUGGCGAAGAAUGCGAAGACGUUGUGCAACAAGUUGAAGGACAGAUUACGAGACAUCCAUGCUAAGCAUACAAAGAAGGUCAAGGCAAAUAAGGAAGGUCACCCUGAGGAUCUUAUACGAGAUGUGCAGGACCUGGUGUUGGAGACUAUGAGGAAGUACAGUGGCCAGGCUGAGGAUCUGCUGCAGGCCAAGCAGAAGGACCUGCUGGGAAAGUAAACACUUCAUGAAAGUUUUGAGAACAUUUGUUUCUAAGAGGCAUUAUUCCAAGCCAAGUAUUAUGGUGUGAAUACAAACAUUUUCCUUACAAGCUGCCUUCGCUGUGUGAAUAAUUGGUGAACAGUGUGAACACUUAACGAAACACUAAAAAUUUAGUGAACGAUUGGUGAACACAAUUAAAUCAGUGGAUACUCAGUUAAAUACCAUGUGAAGACCCGUGAAUGCUUGGUGAUUACCCUUCAGAGGAGACCAACGAACCAGUGGAACUCAGUGUCCAGGUCACUUUCUCUCAAUGGAUCAUGGGCGACGGCUGUCGGGACUCCUAUACUUUAACAUACACUUACGCCAGUGCCCAAGCCCACAUUUGUAAAGUGUGUAUAUUAACAUUGACAAGCAUCUAGCUGAAGGCAGGAUGAGUGAGUGAGUUGGGUUAACGCCGCUUUUAACAUUAUUCCAGUUAUAUCACGGCGUGUCAGCUUAAUGUGGGAGGAAAGCCCGAAGUGAUGCAGGUCUCAGACGUUUACCACUUCGGU